AUGAAGAAAUGCACAAAGAGAGAACUGUUAUCUCUCAUAGGGUCUUUGUCUUUUGCGUGUAAGGUUGUGAAAUGUGGUCGAAUGUUCUUACGACGUCUUAUUGAUCUCUCCACUACAGUUCGUUCCUUGCACCAUCAUAUUUCUCUUACAACAGAGUCUCGCAAGGAUAUUCAAUGGUGGUGUGAGUUUCUCCCCACUUGGAAUGGCAUCGCUAUUAUCCACACUGAAACAUUAGACUCCUCUUCCAUAAAUCUUUUUACUGAUGCUUCUGGAGUAGGCAUAGGAGGAUUUUUUUCUGGUGCAUGGUUAUCAAUUGCCUUAAACCUUAUUCAUGAGUAUAGUAUCACCUUCAUUGAGUUAUUGGCCAUAGUUGUAGCAGUUUUUUCUUGGGGCGAGGCAAGGAAAAACAAGCAAUUAGUGUUAUACACAGAUAAUUUGGCUAUUGUUCAUGUGUGGUCCUCUGGGUCGUGUCGUUGUCCAAACAUCAUGCAUCUUGUACCUUUUUUAUUUUUCUACAUAGCAGAACACAAUAUAAACCUCCUGGUACACCACAUUAAAGGCCAGCACAAUACUUAUGCAGAUCUUUUGUCUCGAUUGCAGGUACAACACUUCAAACGUCUAUGCCCAGAAGCCGAAGCAGAUCCAACACCAGUUCCUUCAUCGAUACUACAACUCUUCAAAGAGAUUUAA